AACUUGUGAUUGACGACUUCUUGAAGGCAACACGAAAAAAAGGCGGAAGUGACGAAAGUGGUUGUCAUGGGAUGUUUUGGUUGACGGAAGUGUUCAUGAGUUUUACGCACUAAUUUCUGCCCACAGUAGUUUUUAAAGCUCUUACAGUUAAUACGACAUGUUUUAAUAUCCACAAGCUAACACCACUUAGCCUCAAACACUCGUCUGUCUGCUCUGACCUCCGUGCGAUGCUACCUCCGUUAGCUUCCGAGCUAACAACAUGGCAGAUGUCCCUGCUCCAGGAUCAGUCAUCGUAAGUGACUGGCAUCGAUGUAAAGACAGCAAAGAAUAUUUCAGCAAGAUCCUGCACAAGAAGCGACGCAAGAACUUUGGCUUGUUGGAGUCUCCAGUGAUGCCCCCACAUGCAGCUGUGGACACGGUUCAUUAUAAGAUCUUCAUCUCUGGAAAGAGUGGAGUUGGUAAAACUGCUCUGGCUGCACGACUCGCAGGCCUGAAUAUUCCACCUGUGCACUACGAAACAACAGGUAUUGAGACGACAGUGGUGUAUUGGCCAGUGAAGCUGAGAGAAAGUGGACGAGUGAUUUUCUUCCGUCUGCAGCUGUGGGACUGUGGAGAGAACGCCUUGCGUAGAUUUGACCAUUUGCUUCCGUCCUGCAAGGAGCAGGUGGACGCCGUCCUUUUCCUGUUUUCUUUCACUGACAGGACGUCCUUCGACGAUCUGUCCAAUCAGAUUGCUAAGUGGACCGGGCCAUCUGUGGGUCGAGUUGUAAAACUGGUGGUCGGCACAAAAUUUGAUCUCUUCAUGCACUGUGACGUGGCAGAAAGAGACGUGAGGGACUUUGAGGAGACAUGGAGUUUGCCGCUGCUGCGUGUGGGAGGGGAGGUCAGCGAUGGCCUGGGUGACGUAGCUCUGCUCCUCAACUGCCUGGCAGAGCAGCUGUGGCAUCAGGACUGUGUCACAGCUGGAUCAGCCCGCCACCCUUCACAGCAGGACGCAGUGACUCUACUCUGAUACAGAAGAGUGGAGGUGAAAUGGACCCCAGGGUGUCUGUCGCUGAGGGACUGUCCUCAGCAGCUGGUCUGUGAGAAUCUCAGAUCUCUCAGGAUGAGAUGGACGCCUUAUAUAUUUCAACAGUUGCUUAUUCUCAAAGGUGUCAACGUCUCAUGGCAUGUUAGGAGGCCGAUGUAUUGACAUCAUGACCUAAGACCAGAUACUAUCUGGGACUGAUCAUAUUAAUGUGAUAAAGCUGGAAUGCCCUCAUUGCUUGUUCUUUAAAAUCCAGAUUCAGUAUUUACCAGUUGUUUAGUUGAAAGAAAUAAACACCAAGUGCCUCCUGUUUAGUCAUCAUGUCGACUUUACAUGAUUUUUGUGGUCUCCUUCCUCAGUUGUACAGUCAAAUUUAAGAAAUCUCAAUUAUCUUUUACCAGGUUUUAUUUCAAAACAGUAUAUAACAUCAGUCAAGCAUUAAUAUCAUAAGAGCUCUGAAUUGUAUUUCUGCAAAAUGGUUCUUUUAAUCACCUGGGGCCACAUGUUCUCAGUAAGAAUGUUCAUUUAGGUUUGUGCUAAAAUUGAAAUAAUAUUUCACAUUGAGAAUCAGUUUUGUUGUGUGUUGUUUGUGUUUUGUUAUCUUUUUGACCAUCUUCAUUUGGUUUAGACAUUUGUGCAUUAGGCUGAUUUAAUAAGGUCAAAAUAAUAAGAAAACUGAACAUUGCCUAAGAGGCCAAUAUUAAAUAAAAGUUAAAAAAAGA